UAUUACUUACUAUAACACAUUUGAUGUGUAAAAAUAAAACAGCUACACUCCUGUAGGCAAUGGGACCAUUAGGUCAGUGCAGUAUGACUAUUUUGGUUAAUGACACACUGAGAACGAAUUGGACUUUUAUUUUGAUACCGCUUUCUGCGAGUUUUGCGCUUAGGAUGAAAGUUGCUUCCUAUCAUGAAACUGCCGGCCGUGAGAGGCAUAGAAGUGAAAUCAGAAGUCAAAUUCAAUUUUAAGUGAACAAGUGAUAGGGUUAGGUUUUGUUAAAAUGUGACAGUUAAGGUAACAAAUAAUUUAAAAAGAUCGUUUUUUUUUUUAAUUGUAGGCCUAUGCACGAAUGUCUCAAAAAACUCCUGUGAAGCUGAGCCUGUUAAAACAGUCAAGUUUUAUUUUGGUUAUAGUGUUAAACAUCAAUGUUAACUAGGCAACAGCACAAAGUCCCCUUCAUUCCAUCAGAGUUUAACUGGCCUCAUAUAAUUAGGCCUAACAGUUAAGGACAGCGCAGUGAAUCUGAUGGACAUGUUCAGUUAUCUCGCAUUUUGCCGUCCGGGAUCCCCAUUCAAUGCCACGUGGAUAUAGCCUACACUAGGCUACUGUAACAUAACCGUGAGGACAUCCAGAGUAUCUCUCCAUUUCCCUGGUGCAUAGUGAGGAGAGGACGUUGACUGACCAAGUGUAAGCUGUCUGGGUCCCCAUCAUGUCACGCAUUAUUGUGGAACAGCAGUACUCCCACAAGUUCAAGGUCACCGUACAACGGGCGGAGAAUGUCACCAAGGGCAAAUUCGGCGAUCUCUUGGACACUCCAGACCCCUAUGUGGAGCUGUACAUCCCGACGGCGCCAGAGAGCAGAAAGAGGACCCGACACAUAGACAACAACAUCCACCCCGAGUGGAACGAGACGUUUGUCUUCAUCCUCGACCCAAACCAGGAGAACACCCUCCAGAUCACGUUGAUGGAUGCCAACUACAUGAUGGACGAGACCCUGGGCACAGACUCCUACAACAUCUCCAAACUCAAAGUGGGCCAGACAGAAAAGGUUCCGGUCUCCAUAGGAAAGACAACUAAAGUGCACUUGGAGAUGUCACUGGAAGUCUGUACGGGCUCUGAUCUUCGCUUCAGCCAGGCUCUGUGCGAUAAGGAGAAGUUGUUCCGCCAGACGCGAAGGGAGAAGGUGAUGCUGGGCAUUAAGAAGCUACUGCACAUGGAGAAACCACGAUACCUGCCCAGCUCACCGCAGGAGGUGCCGGUGAUUGCUGUGGUGGGUUCUGGCGGAGGCUUCAGGGCAAUGGUGGGCUUCUCUGGCGUGAUGAAGGCCUUGUACGAGUCUGGCGUGCUGGACUGCACCACCUACAUCGCAGGCCUCUCCGGAUCCACCUGGUACAUGUCGACGUUGUACUCACACCCGGGCUUCCCCACGGACCAGGGCCCCGAGCAGAUCAACAAGGAGCUGAUGCGGAGCGUGAGCAGCAACCCGCUGCGGCUGCUGCUGCCCCAGCACGUCACCAACUACAUCCAGGCGCUCUGGGCCAAGAAGAACCACGGCCAGCCCGUCACCUUCGCAGACAUCUUCGGCAUGCUCAUCGGAGAGACGCUCAUCCCCGCGAGGAUGGACACCAAGCUGAGUGCCUUUCAGGAGAAGGUGAAUGAGGCCCAGUGCCCCCUCCCCCUAUUCACCUGCCUGCACGUAAAGCCAGACGUCUCCGAGCUCAUGUUUGCAGACUGGGUGGAGUUUAGUCCAUAUGAGAUCGGCAUGUCCAAAUACGGCACCUUCAUGACCCCUGACCUCUUCGGCAGCAAGUUCUUCAUGGGAACUGUAGUCAAGAAGUACGAGGAGAACCCACUGCACUUCCUCAUGGGUGUGUGGGGCAGUGCCUUCUCCAUCCUUUUCAACAGAGUACUAGGAGUCAAGGACUCUGGCCAAAGUGAAAGUACAAUGGAGGAGGAACUGGAGCAAAUGAGGCCUACAGACAUCGUGGGAACGGACAACUCGGACAAUGAUGAGGAGCCGACUCGAGGUGGUACAAAGAGCAAGAAGGCAGAGGAAAAGCAACCUAUUGAGAAAUGUGGUACAGAGAGCAGGGAGGCUGAGGAGGAGUUUCACCAGAGGGCGCAGGCCAGCUGGGUGGAGCGCAUGGUCACCUCCUUCUUUGGCGACUCGGCGCUCUUCAACACGCGCGAGGGCCGCGCCGGCAAGGUGCACAACUUCAUGCUGGGCCUUAACCUCAACACCUCCCUGCCCUUCUCACCCAACACCACCGGCGGGGCCGCCGCAGUGGUGGAGGACGAGGUCGACGCCGUCACAGACCCUGAUGAGUUUGACCGCAUCUAUGAGCCGCUGGAUGUGACGAGUAAGAAGAUCCAUGUGGUGGACAGCGGUCUGACGUACAACCUGCCGUACCCCCUCAUCCUGCGGCCGCAGCGCGGCGUGGACCUCAUCAUCUCCUUCGACUUCUCUGCACGCCCCAGCGACUCCAGCCCCCCCUUCAAGGAGCUGCUGCUUGCUGAGAAGUGGGCGCGUAUGAAUAAGCUGCCCUUCCCCAAGAUCGACCCGAAAGUCUUCGACCGCGAGGGCCUGAAGGAGUGCUACGUCUUCAAGCCCAACAAGGGAGACAAGAACUGCCCCACCGUCAUCCACUUUGUACUGGUCAACAUCAACUUUAGGAACUUCAAAGCCCCUGGAGUUCCCCGAGAGACGGAGAAGGACAAGGAGCUGGCCGACUUCGACAUCUUUGACGACCCCAACACGCCUUUCUCCACCUUCAACUUCCAGUACAGCAACCAGGCCUUUAGGCAGCUGCACGACCUCAUGGAGUUCAACACGCUCAACAACAUCGAGGUGAUCAAGGAGGCCAUCAAGGACAGUGUGGUGUACCGCAAGGAGAACCCCACCCGUUGCUCCGUCUCCCUCUCGCUCAACGAACUGCAGAACAAGUUGUUCAUGAAGAGGGACAGCCGGCCUACCUUGCUCAAGUGAGCUGGGCUUCUCUUCUCUUCUCUUUCUCCCUCAAGUGACCUUUCCUUGGACUGUGCAAGAACUGGGGAUAGGAGGAAAGAGGAAGAGGGUUACAGGUUCUCUUCUCAUGUGCAGGACUGACUCUCGCUGAUGACCUACAGUACUGACUCUAGCAUGCCCCUUUGGGCUGCUGGUGGGACUCUUCAUCACGCGUGGCCACACUGGGGCUACACACUCCCAAGGCUACACCUUUCAUCUGUGGACGCCAUCUUGGACAAUCUUGCAACCUCAGUACAUAUUUGGAUUGAGGAUAAAUGUGAAUAGUGGGUUAACACACACACACACAUGCACACAGACACAGACACAGACACAGACACAGACACACACAC